GUCACGAAAUGUCGGUGACCUCGGUUUCUAAUGCUUACCUCUUCUAACUCGUUCGAAAAAAGCGAGACAGCGAUACAUUAUACGAUCCGACAAUCCGCCGAGCGCUAGUGACGUGUCAGGCAAGGUAGUGUAAACAGUGUUAUUAAAUGAAAAAUGCGAGAAUUUAAGUAUGAUGUUAUUAGUUUGAUACAGAGUGUGAGGGAUAGGCCGUGCCUUUGGGAUAAAACUUUGGAGAGUUAUAAGGACCGUGUGGAGAGGAGGGCUGCUUGGGAGGAGAUAUUUAAUAUACUAGAUGACGGCUAUGAGGACAUGACGCCGGAGGAAAAACGAUUCACGGGUGAACACGUACUAAACAAAUGGACAAACGUCCGAGACACAUUCAUAAAAACACUCAAAACGAAAAUGGGCAGACCCAAACGAAAAUACAUUCUUUACGACCACCUCAGUUUCCUAACAAAGAUAAUACCAAAGGAAGAAGGCGUUUGCUUCGAAGAAUCAGAAGUUCCCGUCUCUUUCACAAAUGAAACUCCAGAAAAGGUAAAGAAAAAAUCUAAAAACGAUACAGACGAAUCUGAACCUAGAAAAAAGCCUAAAAAGCUUGAUUUUACUGACGCACCAACAACCAGCAGCGACGAUUAUAGCCUCAGAAGGAAAUCUAGGAAGAAAGAAGACAGUCCUGUUGACACUCAGGAUGUGGACUUCAUAGAUGACGAGAGUACAGAACCAAGAAUUAUGAAUGAAGAUGAAGCCUUCUUCGCGUCACUAUUACCGACUGUUGUUAAAUAUGACGAGGAUGAUAGACUAGAAUUUCGUAUAGAAGUAUUGUCCGUUAUGAAGCGAAUAAAGGACAAAAAGAAAUGGUCGGAGGAGCAGCAACUGUGAUAUUUUGAAUCUCAACAGUAAAGCAGCUUCUAAAUUGCUGUACUUGUUCUAAGAACAUUUGUUUUAAAAUGUUGCCCAAAUUAUUUGACACGCACAUUAUAAUAAACAUUUAGUAUAAUUUUAAUAAAUAGCAUUUUUUACAA